AAAAGGCAAAUCCCCGUCGCGCUUCCUCUUGCCUGUCAGACAGCAGGGAGGGCUCAAACCCCACGUCGUUUGUAUUGCCGGUCGGAGUCGGGAUGUGAAGCAUGGCUGGAGAAGGCGAAAAGAAACCAGUGCUGGAGAUGGUCCAAGCUGAUGGGGCUGAUGAGGGCUGUGUGACAUUUGUGCUGCAUGAUGAAGACCAUACAUUGGGCAACUCCCUCAGAUACAUGAUCAUGAAAAGUGUGGAUGUGGAUUUUUGUGGCUACACCAUCACCCAUCCAUCUGAGAGCAAGAUCAACUUCCGCAUCCAGACACGAGGGGGAGUUGCAGCCACUGAGCCUCUGCGGAGGGGUCUGAAUGAGCUCAGUGACGUUUGUCAACAUGUUCUCAACACAUUUCAGGCGAGAGUUAAUGAGUUCAAAGAGAGGCAGGAGCAACCCAUGGAAUGAAGAGCAUCAGAUGUGGAACUGUGGAGCUGUCAGACAUAAGUUCCUACAAAGUGAAAAAUUAGUUAGUUAUCUUGAUUUUUUCCCUUUUUACAUGUUUACUAGCCAGAGAGAAGUAUGGCAAGUUCUCCUACCCCUCAAACUAGUUUCAUCCUGUCACAUUUAAACAUUUGUACAGUUUUCCUUUUGUAUAAUUUUCAAAUUGAUUUAUGAUGUAUGAUAAAUGUGUGUCCAUCUUUCCCGAACUGCUGGAAUGAUUAGUGAACAGAUUUCAAACAUUAAACUUAGUCAACAAAGUC